CACGUAUUGAAUCGUAAGGAUGCUUUUAUUCUUUCAACAUUGCAUGAUUCAUUUCCAUUAAACAUCAUCUAUUAUUGGGCUGGACAAUGUGCUUAUUUUUCUUUUGAUAGUCGACCCAGCCGUACGCAAGAAUGGGAUUAUGAUAUUUUUGUUGAUUUUGAUGCCAAAAAUGCUACUCAAGUAGACCAUGUCAUUGAAGGACUUCGCAAACAUACAAAAGAUGUGCGUGUUCUCGGAGGUGGCAAUAGUUCAGGUGGCACCAAGUCAGAAAGCGUACCUUGGUUCCCACGCAAGUUGACAGAUUUGGACACGUUUGCGGAUAAGGUUCUGGAGAUGGGUGAAGAGUUGAGCUCAGAUCAUCCCGGUGCCAAGGAUCCAGUGUAUCGUGCGAGACGUGCUGAGAUCACUCGUAUUGCCAAAACUUACCGUACAGGUCAACCACUGCCGGAAAUACAGUACACAGACGAAGAGAAUGAAUGCUGGGGUAAGGUGUUCCGUAAACUGACAGCCAUGUACCCUACGCAUGCUUGUCGAGAACAUCAAUAUGUUUUACCUCUUUUAAUCCAAAAUUGUGGUUAUAACGAUAAGCAAAUCCCUCAAAUCGAGCAAAUUUCCCGUUUCUUAAAAGACUGCACAGGUUUCACGCUUCGUCCUGUCAUGGGCUUAUUGUCAAGUCGUGAUUUCUUGAACGCUUUCGCCUUCCGUGUAUUCCAUUCCACACAAUAUAUUCGCCAUCCUUCCCAACCAUUCUACACACCCGAACCUGAUGUAUGUCACGAAUUGCUAGGUCAUGUACCUUUGUUUGCAGACCCAGAUUUCGCAGAUUUCUCUCAAGAGAUCGGUUUAGCCUCACUGGGUGCCUCGGACGAAGACAUUCAAAAAUUGGCUACCAUCUUUUGGUUCACAGUUGAAUUCGGUUUAUGUCGUCAAGGCAAUGAAAUCAAAGCUUAUGGUGCCGGUUUAUUGAGCUCUUUUGGAGAAUUAGAAUAUGCGUUAUCUGACAAACCAGAGCUUCGUCCAUUUGACCCAGCCAAAACAGCAGUGCAAAAGUAUCCUAUUACAGAAUUUCAACCGGUUUAUUUUGUAGCAGAUUCAUUCAAGAGUGCUCAAGAAAAAGUAAGAGAUUUCGCUGCUAAAAUGGAUCGUCCGUUCUCUGUGAGAUACAACGCCUUGACACAAACAAUUGAAGUGUUGGAUAACAAGGAAAAGGUGGUGCGAUUUGCAAAAAGUAUUCGAGACGACAUGAAGACAUUGACCACAGUACUGGAAGGCCUCAGCUAAUUUCUUAGUAGAGUGUUAGCAACUAUUAACGGACAUAGUAGCUUUUUGUUUCCCCAAUGAAUAAAGUAGCACUUCCUGCUUUGUAACAAAUCCCAAGUUCUCGUCUGAAGCAUUUUUUCCAUGUCAAACAAUUCACAGACAAUUUUGUUAGUGUUACUUAAAGGAGCAAUCAAGGCUCUUUAUCAUUCGUAUGAAAGAAAUCAAAAUAGGUAUUACGCAGUAAGGGUUA